GGACCCCACGAGCCGGCCUCCCCCUCGGCCUUCCUCUUCCCCGUCGGGCGCCCAGCCCGCCCCGGCGUCCUGACCCGGUCACGAGGGCCGCCACAGCUCGCCCUUCUCCCGGCCACCCCGCCCCGCCGCAGCGCGGCAGGGAUGCCCCUGCCCUUCCCGGCGGCCUCGGGCCCCUCCACCUGCUCGCUGGGGAAGAGGACAGGCCAAGGAGAAGCUGACACACCCGGAGCCCUCCAACUUUGACCCCAACAUGCAAGGCCCAUCCAGCAGCCUGCCAGCUGAGCUCAGCCUGGACGACUUCAUCCCCAGCCACUUCCGGGCCUAUGCAGGGUCAACCUUGCGGGGGUCACGGGUGCCUGUGAUCCGGAAUGGUGGCUCCAACACCCUUAAUUUCCAGUUCCACGACCCUGCGCCCAGGACUGUGUGCAAUGGCUACACCACCUCACCAAGGAGAGAUGCUUCACGGCACCCAGACCCUGCAUGGUAUCAGACCUGGCCAGGCCCUGGGAGCCGGCCCUCUUCAAGCCCAAAGACCCCUGCCUCUCAGCAUGCCCAGAGCUGGUCAGCCACGUGGACCAGGGACAACAAACAUCGGGACAAGCGCUGGGUCAAGUAUGAAGGAAUUGGGCCUGUGGAUGAGAGCGGCAUGCCCAUUGCCCCCCGAUCUAGUGUUGGCAGCCCCAGAGACUGGUAUCGGCGAAUGUUCCAGCAGAUUCACCGGAAAAUGCCAGACCUGCAGCUGGACUGGACCUUGGAAGAUCCACUCAAAGGGAUUUCCUCCUGUGCCUCCUCUGCAGAGCCCAGGUAUCCGGGGCCCCAGCAAAGACCUGCCUCCAGGACUGGCCACCAGCCAGUGACUCCUAGUGGCAGAAGCUGGGAACACCCUGAAGAGACACCUAGAAGCACCUUAAACUAUAAUGCUGGAGCAGCCUCGGGGCUCCAGUCUACAAACCAGGUGUCCAAACGCCGAGAGAAGGUGGAGAAUGUUUGGACAGAAGAUUCCUGGAACCAAUUUAUGCAAGAAAUAGAGACUGGGCAGAAGCCCAAGAAACCACUGGUGGAUGACCCUGUGGAGAAGAGCUCCCAGCCCAUCGAGAUUCUGCUGGAGCGAGAGCUGGCCAAGCUGAGCGCGGAGCUGGACAAGGACCUGCGGGCCAUCGAGAGCCGGCAGCCGUCUCCCAAAGCAGCCAUCUCGGGGAGCACCCCCUCCGCAUCCCCCAACAUAGCUUCUUCCUCCAUGACGCUCCUCAAGAGCUCGCCGGCGCCCCGACGGACCCCGGAGCAGCGGCUCCCGGCCAGCCCCGCCACCGCCUGGAGGUCCAGCUCCCCGCAUGCACCUUAUCUGGGUCCCUCCCGACCCCUGAGCCCCCACAGAAUGGCAGAUGGAGGAGGAAGCCCCUUCUUGGGUCGUAGAGAUUUUGCCUACCCUUCUUCAGCCCGAGAGUCUAGUGCUCGGGAAAGAGGGAGCAGCCCAGUCAGGAAGGAAGAGAAGAGGAAGGCCGCGCGGCUCAAGUUCGACUUCCAAGCACAGUCCCCCAAGGAGCUUACUCUGCAGAAGGGUGACAUUGUGUACAUCCAUAAGGAGGUGGACAAGAACUGGCUGGAGGGCGAGCACUAUGGCCGGAUGGGCAUCUUCCCCGCCAAUUAUGUGGAGGUGUUGCCUGCGGAUGAGACCCCCAAGCCCAUCAAGCCCCCCACCUACCAGGUGGUGGAGUACGGAGACGCUGUGGCCCAGUACAACUUCAAGGGAGACCUGGAGGUGGAGCUGUCUUUCCGCAAGGGGGAGCGCAUCUGCCUGAUCCGCAAGGUGAACGAGAACUGGUACGAGGGGCGCAUCACGGGCACCGGCCGCCAGGGCAUCUUCCCCGCCAGCUACGUGCAGGUGAACCGUGAGCCCCGGCUCCGCUUCUGCGACGACGGCGGCCCCCAGCUCCCCGGGUCUCCCCGCCUGACCGCAGCCGCUGCCCGCAAGGCCCGCCGCCCCGGCUCCCCAUCGGCGCCCCGCAGCCCCACAGACCCCACCGACUGGGGGGGCCGGACCUCCCCCCGCCGCAGCGGCUUCUCCUACCCUGCGCCGGAGCCCAGACCCCAGACACAGAGUGUUGGCCCUUCUGGGACAGCCCAGUCCCGCCCUCGAAGCCCCAGCCGGCCUCUAGAUCUUGGGGUCUCCUCUUCCAGCACCUCACAGAUACACUGGACCCCGUACCGGGCCAUGUACCAGUACAGGCCCCAGAAUGAGGACGAGCUGGAACUGCGUGAGGGGGACCGGGUAGACGUCAUGCAACAGUGUGACGAUGGCUGGUUUGUGGGUGUCUCCCGAAGAACCCAGAAAUUUGGGACAUUCCCUGGAAAUUAUGUAGCCCCAGUGUGAGUGAUCCAUCUUCAGGGCACCUUGGAGCCAGCAUGGUUGGGGUGGGGAGUAGUAGCACUUGUAAGAGGGAGCGAGGCUCCCCCACAUCCUCCUUCCCAGGACCUACAUUCCCAGCAUCUGCAGAGACCCCAGCAGCCUUUUCUUGGAGCCCCUCGAAGCCUCCUGGACUGAUUCCCACCACAACUCACAGGCAUUCCUCUGACAGCCUCUUUAUCCCCCCCCCCCCCAAAUACAGACGUCUGCUUUGAAGUGGAAACUGACUCCAGGCCUUAUUGAGACCAGACCCCUGAGUCUGAGUCCCCUCUUGCGCCCUCCCCCAACAUUUCCCCUAACAGGGACCGGCUCCCAGCUUCACCCCCAUGGGGUUCCACUAACAAGGACCAGUUCCUUACCCUGGCAGAGACCAAAGGCCUUCUGGGGGUCUACAGAGCUCCCCCCAUUUUGCCAGCUUGCCUGUUUCCCCUUUGCCUUCUGGACUCCAUCUGGGCCUAGGAGCAAGUUGGGGGACAGAGGCUGUACCUCCUCAGCCUUCCAGGCCUAGCAAGAGGUUUUGCCUCAAGGCUUCCCCUCUCAGAGGCUGCUGAGCCCUGGGUUCUGCUGCUGUGCGAGCUCUGCUGGCUUAGCCCCACUAUUUACAGGCAAACCUGCUUGUCCCCCCCAGCCCCUCCCCCGCCAGUUCCCCAGCCCUCCCCAGUGUCCCGGUUCCUUCUGGAAGGGAAU